GCUGAUAGGCCCCAAGGGAGAAGCAACAGGAGCCUGCGGGGGACCCAGAGCAAUGGCAGCCUGGAAGAAAGGCCAGUACAGCCCAUGGAAGACUUCACUGGGCAACAUGUCCCAUUUAAUGGAUUCUGACAUGGAUUAUGAAAGGCCAAACGUAGAGACCAUCAAGUGCGUUGUGGUCGGGGACAACGCUGUGGGCAAAACCCGGCUCAUCUGUGCCCGGGCCUGCAAUGCCACCCUCACCCAGUACCAGCUGCUCGCCACCCAUGUGCCCACUGUCUGGGCCAUUGACCAGUAUCGAGUGUGCCAGGAGGUGCUGGAGCGCUCCCGAGACGUAGUAGAUGAUGUCAGCGUCUCCCUGCGACUUUGGGACACCUUUGGGGACCACCACAAAGACCGGCGCUUUGCUUACGGGAGAUCCGACGUGGUCGUUUUAUGCUUCUCCAUUGCCAACCCAAAUUCCCUACACCAUGUCAAGACCAUGUGGUACCCAGAGAUCAAGCACUUCUGCCCUCGAGCACCUGUCAUCUUGGUGGGCUGUCAGCUGGAUCUGCGCUAUGCCGACCUGGAGGCCGUCAAUAGGGCUAGGAGGCCCUUGGCUAGGCCCAUCAAGCCCAAUGAGAUCCUCCCUCCGGAGAAGGGCCGGGAGGUGGCCAAGGAGCUGGGCAUCCCCUACUAUGAGACCAGCGUGGUGGCCCAGUUUGGCAUCAAGGAUGUCUUUGACAACGCCAUCCGGGCAGCACUCAUCUCCCGCCGCCACCUGCAGUUCUGGAAGUCCCACCUCCGCAAUGUGCAGCGGCCUUUGUUGCAGGCCCCUUUCCUGCCCCCCAAGCCACCACCUCCCAUCAUCGUGGUGCCCGACCCCCCCUCCAGCAGCGAGGAGUGCCCCGCCCACCUCCUGGAGGACCCGCUCUGUGCGGAUGUCAUCCUGGUGCUGCAGGAGCGGGUGCGCAUCUUCGCCCACAAGAUCUACCUCUCCACCUCCUCCUCCAAGUUCUACGACCUGUUCCUCAUGGACCUGAGUGAGGGGGAGCUGGGGGACCCCUCUGGGCCAGGGGGCUCCCAUCCAGAGGACCACCGGGGCCACCCUAAUCAACACCACCACCAUCACCACCAUGGGCGGGACUUCCUGCUUCGGGCAGCCAGCUUUGAUGUGUGUGAAAGCGUGGAUGAGGGUGGGAGCACUGGCCCUGCUGGACUCCGAGCCUCCACCAGUGAUGGGAUCUUGCGGGGCAACGGGACAGGGUACCUGCCAGGGAGGGGUCGAGUGCUCUCUUCCUGGAGCCGCGCUUUUGUGAGCAUCCAGGAAGAGAUGGCAGAAGAUCCCCUGAACUACAAAUCCCGGUUGAUGGUGGUGGUGAAAAUGGACAGCUCCAUCCAGCCAGGGCCCUUCCGGGCUGUUCUCAAGUACCUGUACACGGGGGAGCUGGACGAGAACGAGCGGGACCUCAUGCACAUUGCCCACAUCGCCGAGCUGCUCGAGGUAUUCGAUUUGCGCAUGAUGGUGGCCAACAUUCUCAACAACGAGGCCUUCAUGAACCAGGAGAUCACCAAGGCCUUCCACGUCCGCCGGACCAACCGGGUUAAAGAGUGCUUGGCCAAAGGCACCUUCUCAGAUGUGACCUUCAUCCUGGAUGACGGGACCAUCAGCGCCCACAAGCCCCUGUUGAUUUCCAGCUGCGACUGGAUGGCAGCCAUGUUUGGCGGGCCGUUUGUGGAGAGUUCCACCAAGGAGGUGGUGUUUCCUUACACAAGCAAGAGUUGCAUGAGGGCUGUGCUGGAAUACCUCUACACAGGCAUGUUCGCCUCCAGCCCCGACCUGGACGACAUGAAGCUCAUCAUCCUCGCCAACCGCCUCUGCUUGCCACACUUGGUUGCCCUCACAGAACAGUACACAGUGACCGGGCUGAUGGCAGCCACCCAGAUGAUGGUGGACAUCGAUGGAGACGUCCUUGUGUUCCUGGAACUGGCUCAGUUCCACUGUGCGUACCAGUUGGCGGACUGGUGCCUUCACCACAUUUGCACCAACUACAACAACGUGUGUCGCAAGUUUCCCCGAGACAUGAAAGCCAUGUCCCCAGAAAACCAGGAGUAUUUUGAGAAGCACCGGUGGCCACCUGUCUGGUACCUGAAGGAAGAAGACCACUAUCAGAGGGCCCGGAAGGAACGGGAAAAAGAGGACUAUCUCCACCUGAAACGGCAGCCCAAGCGGCGGUGGCUCUUCUGGAAUGGCCCGUCCUCACCCUCCUCUUCUGCGGCCUCCUCCUCCUCCCCGUCUUCCUCCUCGGCUGUGGUCUGAGACGCCGCCACCCUCUUCUGACCCUGCUGCUAUCGUCCCCCUGUGUCCUUGCCCCCCUGCUCUUCUGCAUCCCGCCUCCACCUGACAGGGACAAGGGGACCCACAUAACCAGGACCCUGAGGGCAGAGCUGUUCUGGCCAGCCAACACAGCUCAGUGAGAGAGGAGCUGGGCCCUGUGGAUCAGGACAGGGCCCACCUUCAGAGUCUCCAGGCCCCAAGCAGGGCAGGAGACAAUGGCUUGGAGGCAGAGGGCAGGGACAGAGCGAAGAAUUCUGGCACUUAUGCCCUGGGUUUGAGAACCUAAGGGUCAAAGGGGGAAAAUCCACCCCCCAUCCACAAAACUCUAGGGUUUGUAGAUGUGAGUCUUGGUCUUUGCUACGGCCAGGGAGGCUGCCCCCACUCCCAGUGAAAAGACGUGAGCAGGGAGACCUUGCCUCUACUACUGACUGUGCUUUUGCGCCCAUGGAUUUGAGGGUUGUCAAUGUUUGGUGGCCAUUUCUACAUGGAACCUACUGCAGUCCUCACUAGAGAAGUCAGGGUAGAGAUUAGCCUUCAGAGCCCACUCCAGGCUUCCAGCUCCUCGGGUGUAGCUGCAAGAGACCACAGGUGGAUGGGCUGAUGUUCUGCCAGCAUCCUCCCAAGGGCUGUCGGCAAUCCAAGCCUGCUAAAGGGUGACAGGACCUUGUUCAGAAUACCAAGCCUAGAAGCAGUGCCUCUUGGUGCAACAAGAAACUCCUCCCUUGCUCCUCCGCCCCCACGCUCCUUAAGCUCCCUCCAGUCUCCUUCAGACUUGGCUAAGGGAUGCAAGGGGAGCAAGUGGGGUAGGGUGAGGAAUGAGAAAGGGAGGGGGUGGGAGUCUGUGCCCAGCAACCCCACGCUCCUCUGGAACCUUUCCAACGCUUUUGGUUAGCACUGCUUUUUAUGGGGUGGGGCCAAAGUCCAAAAAAAAAAAAAGAAACCUUUAAAAAUCACCAACAGAAACUCUUCCCUGCAAAGAGUGAAAAACAGGAAAAGACCCUGUUAUAACUUCCAUAUGACUAAAGCCACACAAAGGUGCCUGUGGAGGCAAAGGCUUGGGGGUAGAAUCCCAGAUUUCAAUGCCAUUCGGGAAGAACUGUUGCCACCCUGGCGUGAGAGUACCCUGGCCCAGCUGGGCUGGCUCCCAUGGGCAGCACAAGUUCGUGGCCCCCAACCUGCUGGUGAUUGAGUGUGGCCUCUGAACACAGCAUUGGACUAUGGCUACUCUGUCCAUCUUAAGAAGCAGGUCAUCCUCUUUACCCUCAGAGAGACCCACAGGGUGUCUGCUGUGUGAAUGGUGGGUGUGGGCAGGUAGGGGUCAAAGUCGGGGUCGUGGACACCGAGCUAGAGUGAGUCCCAGUGGGGAUGGAUAGUAGGACAUAGAAGCCUAACCAUAGAGUGCUGGUUUGGGGCAAAGGGGGAAAAUCAAGCAAGAUCCAUCCGGAGAAGAGGAAGAAUGUAAGCAAUCGCUUGUAGAACCCGUGGGAGCAAAUGAUGGGUCACAAUGGACUCCCCCAUUUUUGGAUCUUGAACAGACUUUCAUUCCCCACUUUUUACACUUCUAAGUCUGCCUCCUAAUGAAGAGUGGCAGAGUCCGGGCAAACAUGAGGCCCUGGAACCUGAGCUCACCAUCUCAACGAAGAUGCUUUUAAGUGCCCUGGGAUAGAGCAAACCCUGAAACAGGUGACCCUUGACUGCAAUGGUUUUGUGGUGCCGAGACCAACAGAGAUGUGGCUAAAUCAUCUGGAUGAAUAGGACGUUGGGGGGGGGUCAAGCAGAUCUCAGGUGGCUGAGAGGCACCGGCUUCCUCUAGGAGUCCCCCUCCAGGGCAACUGGUGUGGUCAGCAGGUCUGAGAUGCCCUCUGCUGGUGGAUUGGCCUACCUUCACUUACGUUCAUAUUAGCUGGCUUCAAAGGAAAGAAUGAAUUUAGAAGUAGGGGCAGGAGGGAAGGGUGCCCAUGGGUAAGAGUAGCUCUGGACCCUGUGCCUUCACUUGGAGAAAGGAGUCAGAGGAGUCUGCGGGGGCUCUUGGGACAUGGGUGAGAGGGAGAGCAGAGUCCCAAAGAGAAAGGAACUAGGUCUCCCAGGUUGCUUACAAGCUGAGCAAUCAGAGCCCACUGAUUAGCAUGGAAAGGAGGCCAUUGGGGGAAAGUUAAGGUUGGCCAAGUAACUGGAGGAAGCAACGAGAGUGGCCACAGAACUACCCCAACCGUCAGGGCCAGCUAACCCCUCAGGGAUCCACUGCCCCUUCCCCAAUUGCUCAGCCAGAGCCAAUUGCUACCACACGGGAGCCUAGCAGCCCCAGGUGCAACCCAGAGAACCACCCUUGGAGGCUAUGAGGGAGCCAGGUCCACGCUGGUGUCUCCUCGCCUAAGAAGGGAAGGACAGGCAGUGGAAGGAGGGGGAGGAGGUGCUGAAUUCCAAUCCCCCCAGAACCCUGCACUUUGAAAUUCAGGGGAAGCAAAUGAGUGGAACACACCUAUGGAGGGAAUGUCUGAAAACAAAAAGGCGAGAAAGGUAACUGAAUUUAAGAGCAAAAAUAUACACCCCUAUACUGAUGUCAGAGCUGUUUCAGAGGGAGGAUGGGGGAGAAAAAACACCUCUUUUUAUAAAGGUUUCAUAUUUAAUUUGGUCAUGAAUUCAUAAAUACAUAAGUAUUUUGUACCUAA